AUGGGCAUUUUCGCUCAUCGUCCAAGGCGGUUUUCUUCCCAACCAGCGUCGGACAUGCUGCCAAAGUUUAGCAAGAUAAGAUUUGCAGCGCUUUUAAAGCGCUCUGACUCUGAUAAGGCCGAAAUCGCUGCACAGCGCGCCCACAGGCAAAGCUUUUAUAAGAGACCACAUGUUCCAACACCAAUUCCCCCACACCUGGAAACUGCCGAGCAAUUUCUGGGUGCCCUUGGCCGGAAUUUGGUCAACCACGCGUCCAAAUUUGCGUCUUGGGAUGCGUUUUUCAAAACAACAUCUAGUGCAAUGGAAAAGCUCGGAAUCGGAUGCCGAGAGCGGAAAUACAUCUUAGCAUGGCAGUAUAAUUUCAGGUAG